AUGAGGAAAUAUUCGGAUGGAACAGCGGCAUCGACCAGUAGAGGCGAUGUUGAGUCGUCGCUGGGGGCUGAAUACGAGGUGUUCUUGAGUUUUAGAGGGCCUGACACUCGCCAGAAUUUUGCCGAUUGCCUCUAUCACGCCAUGGAUGGAGCUGGCAUUCGCGUUUUCAUAGACAACGAAGAGAUCAGAAAAGGCGAAGAGAUCGAAGGCGAACUGAAGCGUGCGAUCGAGAGCUCCUCAAUUUGUAUUCCCAUCUUCUCUAGAAACUACGCUGUCAGUGCGUGGUGUCUUCGCGAGCUUGCAUACAUGGUGUAUCGCAAAGCGAUGAUUCUGCCGGUCUUCUUUGACGUGGAACCCAGAGAUGUCAAGCUUAAAACUAAGCUGUACCAUGAUGCUCUGCAGAAGCACGAGGAGAAGUAUGGCUGCGAGGUCGUGCAGAUAUGGAAGAAGGCUCUGGAGAAGGUCCCUGAUAUGAGCGGAUGGCAUCUCAAAGAUACCGGUCACGGCGAACUCAUUAAAAUAAUCGUUGCUGAAGUUUCGAUCAAGCUGAAUAAAAAAGACAAAAAGCUGCCGGAUCAUUUAGUCGGAAUUGAGGAUUGUGUUGAUGAUGUCAUGCGCCUAAUAGAUGAAGGUUCACCUGAUGUUCGUUAUCUGGUAAUCCACGGAAUGGGGGGCAUCGGUAAGACGACUCUUGCCAAAGUCGUCUUUAACCAAAUUUCCAGUCGAUUUCACGGGUGCAGCUUUAUUUCGAAUGUUCGAGAAGCUUCAAAUGGCAGCAAAGUCGUUCAAUUGCAAAAGCAAUUAUUGUCGGAAAUUCUCAACUCCAAUCCACACGAGUUUUAUGACUCUGAUGCAGGGAUUUACCAAAUUAACACGAGAUUCCGCCGCAAGAAAGUCCUCAUUGUUCUAGAUGACUUAGAUGAAAUGGAUCAACUCUCAAAACUUGCUGAAAAGCCUGAUUGGUUUGGUCCAGGGAGCAGAAUUAUUAUUACAACAAGGGACACGAACUUUUUGCCGAUUGAAGAGGAGAACCGAGAAAAUAAUGUCCGGACGCAUUUCAAAGAGUUUACAAUCUAUCAAAUGAGAGAAUUGUCCAGUCGCCAUGCUCUUCAACUUUUUAGCAAGCAUGCAUUCAAAAUGGAUUCUCCUCCACAUGAUUAUGAUCAUAUUUCUCACGAUAUUAUUUGCAAAACCGGUAGACUUCCUUUGGCUCUCGUGGUUAUCGGUUCCUCUCUUUAUGGCAAAAGUAAACCAGAUUGGAAAGCCACGUCGAAGAAAUUAGAUUUAGUUCCCAAUCGAGAUGUCUGUCACAAAUUAAAGAUUAGCUUUGAAAUGCUAGAGGAUGCACAAAAAGAAAUUUUUCUUGAUAUCGCGUGUUACUUUAUUGGUAAAGAAAGAAUCCAUCCACAUUAUAUGUGGAAAGCAUUGGAUUUUUCCCCCAAAAUUGAGAUCCCUGUCCUUUCUCGUAUGUCUUUGAUAAAGGUUGAUGGUAAUGACAAACUGUCGAUGCAUGACCUGCUAAGAGACCUUGGAAGAGAAAUUGUUCGAAAAGAACACAAAUUUCUGGAGAAGCGUAGUAGACUAUGGUCUCCCAAGGAUGCGUUGAACGUAGUGCAGCAUAGAAAGGGAACAGAUAACAUCACAGCACUCAAACUAACUGGACUUCCACAGGAGCACAACUUUACAAGUGAAGAGUUUUCACGGCUGCCUAACUUAAGGUUGUUGGAAUUAGAGGGAGGGAACUUGACAGGAGACUUUAAAAAUCUUCUCUCGAGUUUAAAAUGGCUCUCUUGGCGUCGUUGCCCUUCAGACUUGCAGGCAAUCAAUCUAUGUUUACGGAACUUAGUUGUGCUCAAGCUUUCGGACAGCAAAUCGCGACUUGAAAGUUAUACAUCUCAUGAGAUGCCAUCUCUCGAUAACUCCCAACUUCUCAACGUGCUUGAAUUUGAGGAUACUGGUUUUUGCUGA